UCAGAAUCCUUUGGUCUUUCUCUCCCAAACUCUCACUCUCUCCGCAAAUUCCGUCCAAUUCCCUGUUUUUUCACUAUCACUUCAGAAUUCCAAAAUCCCUUUAACCCAUUUCCAUUCUCUCUUCAAAUUUCAGUUUCUUUACGAAUCCCCAUGGCCAUGGACCUCCUCAAGAAAGAUCUCAAACAAGUUCUUUAUAGAAUCAUCCAGGAAGAAGAUUUCGAUUCCUCCGCCGCCGACGAAGCUAUUCAGAUUUUGACUUCUUUGAAAUUCUCUUUAAUGCCCGCCCCUUCCUCCCAAGAAUCCCCCGGCUGUUCUGGCAGUAAAACUCUCAUUAUCCCCGACAAGUUCCGGUGUCCAAUUUCCGGCGACCUCAUGAAAGAUCCUGUUCUCUUGAUUACCGGUCAGACAUAUGAUCGGUUCUUCAUCGAAAAGUGGUUCCAUGAAGGCCACAAUACAUGUCCUCAAACCAAGGAAGUCCUUACCGACAUGACUCUUACCCCAAAUCGUCUGCUUCGGUCAAUGAUCUCGCAAUGGUGCUUGGAUAACAGAUUUCAACUUCCAAGGCUUAGUUAUGAGGAAGAAGUCGACAAUGUAACUGAGUCCCAUUUAGAUGCAUUGCUUAACAGGUUGAUGUCUUCAUCACUAAUAGUUAAAAAAGAAGCUGCAAAGGAGUUGAGAGAGACAACAAGAUGCAGCCAUGAAUUUCGAGCCCUUUUUGCAAAGCUCCCGGGGUCCGUUGAGAGAUUAUUACAUCCUCUGAUCUCAAUUGGCAAAGUUGAUCUCCAUCCUGAUCUUCAAGAGGAUUUGAUUACCACUAUUCUCAAUAUCUCAGUUUUUGAUGAUAACAAGGAACAUGUAGCGGAGAACCCGUUGGUCCUCCCUUUGCUGAUUGAAUCUUUACAGCAUGGAAGUAUUGAGUUGACAGCAAAUGCAGUUGCAGCUAUUUACUCAUUAUCUUUCAGUGAGGCAAAUAAGAUAACAAUGGGAAAAGUAGGAAUUUUCAAGCAUCUGAUUUCACUUUUAGACUAUGCCCAUCCUGGAGUGACAAGAGAUGCCGGUUCAGCAAUCUACAACCUCUGUACCACCGUCGAAAACAGAGAGAAGGCAGUCGGUAGUGGAGUAGUUGCCGCCAUUUUUCGAAACAUCGCCCGAAGCUUAUUAUUGGUCGAUAAGUUGAUUUCUAUACUUGCACUUCUUUGCACCGAUGUGAAGGCUAUUGAUGAGAUGUGCAAGUUUGAUGUAGUGCCUUGUAUGCUGAGGUUCAUAAGAGAAACUGAGUCCCAACGCAUCAAAGAAAAUUGUGCAUCGAUACUCUUUGCAAUUUGCACAACUGAUCAAAGCCAAUUGAGGAAGAUCCAAGAGGAUGAAAAUAAAAAUGAGACGAUCUUGGAACUUUCAAAGAAUGGUAAUUCAAGGGCAAGUAGAAAGGCUACCGGCAUACUCGAGAGGAUGCAGAGAGCUGCUUCAAGAACUCACACUUCCUAAUGAAAAUGGGUCAGAUUCUUUUACACCAUUCAACUUGUAAAUAGAUAGAAGUGUAUACAAUGCACUGCAAAUACAAAAGAGUUGCACAUAUUACGAAGGAAUAGUUGAAUAUAGGAAAUUUUGGUCCAACUCUAAAGCAAAGGAAUGAAUAAGAAAUACAGAUACAACAUUCUUUUCAAUUUUCUAACAAUGGACGAAUAGGAAUAGGUAAUGGCUGUCGUAGAAGCUUUGGUUGUAAAUUUGAAACAUUCUAUUCUAGUUCAUAACAUUGCAUAAUACUGU